GGCCGGAAGUAGACGCGGCCGGCGGCGGCGGGCGGCCGGCUAGGAGCUGCCGGGGGCCGGCGGCGAGGAGGCGCGGGCUCAGUGGGCCCCGCGCUGCCUCGGGUGCCCAUGGGGGGCGAGGGGCCGGGCCGGUGACGCCGGACGCCCAUGGACGCCCCUGAGGAGCCACAGCCACCGGUGGUCUACACCAUGGAGAACAAGCCUAUCGUCACCUGUGCUGGAGACCAGAAUUUAUUUACCUCCAUCUAUCCGACACUUUCCCAGCAGCUUCCAAGAGAGCCAAUGGAGUGGAGAAGGUCCUAUGGCCGGGCUCCGAAAAUGAUUCACCUGGAAUCCAACUUUGUUCAGUUCAAGGAGGAGCUGCUGCCGAAGGAAGGGAACAAAGCCCUGCUCACCUUCCCCUUCCUCCACAUCUACUGGACGGAGUGCUGUGACACUGAAGUGUACAAAGCUACGGUAAAAGACGACCUCACCAAGUGGCAGAAUGUUCUCAAAGCUCACAGCUCUGUGGACUGGCUGAUAGUGGUAGUAGAAAAUGAUGCCAAGAAAAAAAACAAAACCAACAUCCUUCCCCGAACUUCUAUUGUGGACAAAAUAAGAAAUGACUUUUGUAAUAAACAGAGUGACAGGUGUGUUGUGCUCUCUGACCCCUUGAAGGACUCUUCUCGAACUCAGGAAUCCUGGAAUGCCUUCCUGACCAAACUCAGGACUCUGCUGCUCAUGUCUUUUACCAAAAACCUUGGCAAGUUUGAGGAUGACAUGCGGACUUUGAGGGAAAAGAGGACAGAGCCAGGCUGGAGCUUCUGUGAAUACUUCAUGGUCCAGGAGGAGCUUGCCUUUGUGUUUGAGAUGCUGCAGCAGUUUGAAGACGCCCUGGUGCAGUACGACGAGCUGGACGCCCUGUUCUCACAGUAUGUGGUCAACUUCGGAGCUGGGGAUGGUGCCAACUGGCUGACUUUUUUCUGCCAGCCGGUGAAGAGCUGGAAUGGACUGGUACUCCGCAAGCCCAUAGACAUGGAGAAGCGCGAGUUGAUUCAGAAGCAAGAGGCCACUCUGCUGGACCUGCGAAGCUACCUGUUCUCCCGCCAGUGCACCUUGCUCCUCUUCCUGCAGCGGCCAUGGGAGGUGGCUCAGCGCGCCCUGGAGCUGCUGCACAGCUGUGUGCAGGAGCUGAAGCUCUUAGAAGUCUCUGUCCCUCCUGGAGCUCUGGAUUGCUGGGUCUUUCUGAGCUGUCUGGAGGUCUUGCAGAGGAUAGAAGGUUGCUGUGACCGGGCACAGAUAGACUCCAACAUUGCCCACAUGGUGGGGCUGUGGAGCUAUGCCAUGGAAAAGCUAAAGUCCUUAGGGUACCUCUGUGGACUUGUGUCAGAAAAAGGGCCCAACUCGGAAGAUCUCAACAGGACGGUUGAUCUUUUGGCGGGACUAGGAGCGGAGAGACCUGAGACAGCCAACACAGCUCAGAGUCCUUAUAAGAAGCUCCAGGAAGCGCUGUCAUCAGUAGAGGCCUUUGAGAAGCACUACCUGGACUUGUCCCAUGCCACCAUUGAGAUGUAUACAAGUAUCGGGCGGAUUCGGUCUGCCAAGCUUGUUGGAAAAGAUCUGGCAGAAUUUUACAUGAGGAAAAGGUCGCCACAGAAGGCAGAAAUGUAUCUUCAGGGAGCUUUGAAAAAUUACAUGGCUGAGGGCUGGGCCCUGCCUGUCACACACACAAGGAAGCAGCUAGCCGAGUGCCAAAAACACCUGGGGCAAAUGGAAAACUACUUGCAGACCAGCAGCCUCCUGGCCAGCGACCAUCACCUGACGGAGGAGGAGCGGAAGCACUUCUGCCAGGAGAUCCUCAGCUUUGCCAGUCAGCAGGAGGACAAGGCAGGUCACAAGGUGGUACUGCCCAUGCACUCGUUUGCACGGCUAAAGGAUCUCCAUUUUGACCCUCCCAAUGCUGUGGUCCACGCGGGUGGCGUCCUCACUGUGGAGAUAACGGUUUGCAGCCAGAUGCCUGUCCCUGUCCAUGUGGACCAGAUUGCUGUGAACGUCCACUUCAGCAUCGAAAAAAACAACUACCGGAAGACAGCUGAGUGGCUGACCAAGCACAAGACUUCCAAUGGAAUCAUCACCUUCCCAGCCGAGGCCUCCCUGUUCCCUACAUCUCAGAACAGCCUGCCGGCCCUGGAGUUGUCAGAGAUGUUGGAGAGAAGCCCCUCUGAUAACUCCCUGAACACCACAGGCAUCAUCUGUAGGAACGUCCACAUGCUCCUAAGGAGGCAGGAGAGUAGCUCUUCUCUAGAGCCGCCCUCGGGGCUGGCCCUGGAGGACGGGGCCCACGUGCUGAGGUGCAACAGUGUGACUCUGCAGCCAGGUGCCAACAAGAUAGUCUUCAAGACCCAGGCCAAAGAACCUGGAACGUAUACGCUGCGACAGCUUCGGGCCUCGGUGGGCCCUGUGUGGUUUGUCCUUGCACACAUCCACCCCAUUGUACAGUAUGAUGUGUACUCUCAGGAGCCUCAGCUGCAUGUGGAACCGCUGGCUGAUAGCCUUUUGGCCGGCAUUCCUCAGAAAGUCAAGUUUACUGUCACUACCGGCCAUUACACAGUAAAAGACGGAGACAGCCUCCAGCUCAGCAAUGUGGAGGCCAUGCUCAUCUUGUGUCAGGCGGAGAACAGAGCCGUGGUCUACUCUAACACAAGAGAAGAGUGCUCCUCUGCCUUGCUCCGGAUCCAGUCCUCUGACAAGGUGACCAGCAUCGGUCUCCCCACUGCGCCUGCGUACCACGUGAUCGAGUUCGAGCUGGAGGUUCUGUCUUUACCUUCAGCUCCAGCAGCUGGCGGGGAUUUCAGUAUUCUGGGGACACCAGAGCUCCACAGGAAGCAGAAAGAUUCUCAGAGAGCUGACCAUUGCAUGGUCACCACAGAUCACAAGGUGUCCAUCGACUGCCCGUGGUCUAUCUACUCCACUGUCAUCGCACUGACAUUCAGUGUGCCCUUCAGGACCGCGCACUCUCUGCUGUCCGCUGGAACCCGGAAAUAUGUGCAAGUCUGUGUUCAGAACCUGUCGGAACUGGACUUUGAGCUGUCAGAUAGUAAUCUGGAAGACCAAGGCCAUGCUACUGACCUGAGGCUGGCGCCCCUGAACACACAGUCCCAGCAGCUUAUCCACAGUAAGCAGUCCGUGUUCUUUGUCUGGGAGCUGACGUGGACACAGGAGCCGCCCCCUCCUCUGCACUGCCGCUUCUCAGUGGGGUUCUCCCCAGCUUCUGAAGAGCGGCUGACUGUCUCCUUGAAGCCCUACACCUACGAGUUCCAAGUGGAGAACUUUUUUACGCUGUACAGCGUGAGAGCUGAGAUCCUUCCUGCCUCAGGAGCUGAGUUCUGUAAGACAGGCUCGCUCUGCUCCUUGGAGGUGUGCAUCACACGGCUCGCCGACCUCCUGGAUGUGGACAAGGACGAAGCACUGGUGGAGUCCGAGGACUAUUUUUCCACAAAGCUUAUGUAUGAAGUUGUGGACAACAGCAGCAACUGGGCUGUCUGUGGGAAGAGCUGUGGUGUCAUCGCCAUGCCUUUGGCUGCCCAGGCUACUCACAGAGUCCACAUGGAAGUGAUGCCUCUGUUUGCUGGUUACCUCCCCUUGCCUGAUGUUCGACUGUUCAAGUACCUUCCCCACCACUCUGCUCACGCCUCUCAACUGGACGCCGACAGCUGGAUAGAAAAUGACAGCCUGUCAGUGGACAAGCACCUAGACGACCAGCUGGACUGCAGCAGCUUGCGGAGCAGAGGCAGCGCACACUCCACUUCCAGCGGCGAGCACAAAGGCUUGCCGAUGCCCCGGCUCCAGGCACUGCCCGCUGGCCAGGUCUUCAACUCCAGCACUGGCAUGCAGAUCCUGGUCAUUCCCAGUCAAGACGACCACGUCCUGGAAGUCAGUGUCACCUGACUGUGCCAUGAGCCAGCAAAGCCACAGAGUGGCCGUGAGUGCACGUUAGGGACUGUGGCUGGAUUGUGGUCUGUGGUAACACACUAGCUCUAACCAGACUCUGGCAGUCCUGCCUAGCUACAGACACAGCAGAGAAUAGUGUCCUUCAGCUGCUCAGUGGAGUAGAGCGUCACCUCAUGUUGUCUAUGACACAGGAUUUGUUUUCAUUUUUUAUCCCUGACCCUGUGCCCCCUGCUGGUAUCCCCAACUCAUCAGACCCUCUCAAGGGGGUCUGGUCUCCGUUCACAGCUCUCUCCUGGUGGCUCUCCGUACACCCCCAUUGUUUCUUUAAGGUGGAUCUUCAGCAGACUGCAGUCCUCUUAUGGCACUGUGUGCCCUUCUCACACGGCCCAGUCCCUGGGCAACCCGUGGGCCUCCCAGGAUGAAACACUGUCCUCCACCCCAGAGCCCCUGGUUACGGUUUUAUAGUAACAGCUUUGGGGCCGUGGGGUGGGGUGGGAGGGAACAUAACCCCUUCUGUGCCUUGGGAUGCCCAGCAGAUCACAAGGUCCAUCUGUAGAAGCCACGUGGAAGGUCCUGCAGACACGACCAGAGCGGAGGGAAGUGUGGUAUGGAGACGGCUUAGGCUAAAGGUCCUGGACCCCUGACUCCCUCUAAUGUUGAUUGAAUAGCAUAUGCACUUGGAAUUAAAUCUCUAUUUAUUAUAAUUGUUGGAUGUGGGAGAGAAUGUGUUCUCGCCCUCUAAAGUCUGCUUGUGUUGUAGCUGCAUAAUCGACAUCUUUGCACCUUAAGUCUCGGAACUGAAGAUGUUCUGUCUGCAGUGAAGAUGACAAGGGCCUCUCUUGUGCUCGGCUCAGGGCCUGGAGGACCUCAGCUGGGCCACUGGGUUGCAGUCAUACCGCACCGACGGGUUCAUUUACUUUUGGUUGUAAAUUUGAUUGUACAUAUUGUUGAUUUAUUAUUUUUAAGAGUACAGACUAACUGAUGUAAUGUUUGUGUAUAAGUUGCACCAAAAAUCAAGGACAAAAUAAAUGUGUGUUUGUUUUUACUGGCGUGGAAGUCCUAGCUUGUAAAUACAUGCUGUAUGUAUUAAAUGUGUUCAGUCCUCCAAAGUGAUGUAUUUUUGUACAUAGGAGUCAGAGUGCUCUGGGCUCAUUGGCAUGGCUUACAUGAGGGGGACCUGAGAGGGGGAGCUGGAAGAGCAAGGAGCCCUCUUCAGUCGUGGCCAGGGACCAAGCUUGGGCUCAGGGAGUCAGGGACACAGGUAGAUCCAGGAGAACCAAGCCAACACUUUCAGUAUUCAGUGUAUUUGCUUUUAACUCAGUAAAUAAAGGAUGGUGUGACACUCCCCGCCCCCUGCGCCCACACACACACACCGCUAACACACCACCAUCAAAUCUUUUUCAUUUGCAAGAGUUGGAGGAAUGCAUAAAGAAAAUAAACAUUUAAAACCUUUAGGAAACUUACUUUAUGUGCAGUUUAAACUGGGUGAGCAAGGUGUGCAAAUUAGAACUUCAUGCUUCCUGAAUGUUUACAGCCCUCUGGACUCUGUCUGUGGCAAACCUUGACAGUUGCCCUGACACUUGUCAACCCAUGUGUGAGGAAGUCUUUGAGACUCUUCCUGUCAGAGAAGCGUCCACCUAGCACUGUUUCCUCCCACCUCCCUGCGUAAUGUGCUGCCCAGUCAGAGUGGAGUCUCGGUCUGAGUUAACCACCCACCCCAUUUUCAUUGGUCUGAAUUCUCUGGAGUUUCCUAAUUAUAUAUAUUUAGAAUAAAACAAAGGGGUAAUCUAAAAUGUUGGUGGUAGUUCUGUUAUCUCAGUAUAGGAUAAAAUCAAAUCUGUUAAGGGAUUUUUUUUUUUCCUCCUCUAGCUACCCAAAAACUACAUGUGUUUGUUUUCAAGACCGGAGAUGGGGCACCAAGUCAUCCUUGUUUCUUCUGUUUGUAGAGGAGCUAAGAGACGGUCACUGGAUUGUGUUGUACGGGUAUUGGUUUGGUGAGGAUGAAGCAGGUGUUAGACAUGGUGAAGCCAGACAGGGAGUGUGUCUUGGAAGCAAGUACACUGAUGUUUACAGACAGUUGGCACCACGUGUAGAUGCCGCAGGAAGAAAGGCUGUUACAAUUGUUGUGAAUUUCACAGGGUCUCCUGUGAUUGGAAGAAUUGUAACUUCUGUUUGUAACAUGGGAAUUGUAUUUGAUGACUCCUGCCUUACAGCCCCUUUGUGCAGCCUGGAGUGGGUGCCUGUGUCAGAUAAAGAGUAGAAAUCCUAGAAAAGCCUCUCUUGGUUUUUGUUUGUUUGUUUGUUUUUUCUUUUUCUUUAGCAUUUAAAACAAGGUGAAAUUUUAAAAUCAAACAUGCCAGAUUUUAUCUAAAAAUGCAAUGUUAUGCCACUUUUUAUGAAAGAACUGACCAGUGUGUUUCCUUUAAACCAUGACGCUUAAAAUAAGCCGCACAUGACUUUAAAUUUUUAUUUCUCACGAAGACACCCUUUCUCUGGCAGAGAGCGGGCAGCCGUUCUUUGGAACUGGGUCUAGGAGUGCCACCUUGACACUGCAGGCGUUGUUUCCAUUUUCACAGUAUUCUGUAACAUAAUGUCAGAGUAAAACCACUGUACUAAGAUUGUUUAAAGUGUAAGCAUUAAAAUUCUAAAAAUACACAUUUUAAGAAGAAA